AAUUAAGUUCCUGCCUGCAGAGUUCAGCUGUGUUUAUGUUUAAAGAACUCCCAGCUCGGCUUAAACCUCUUUAUUCCUUGCACUUCCAUGGCUAAAGCCAACCCUGGGUGUUGCUGACAGGAGACCAAAGCUAACACCAGUUCUGGGCCACGGACCCAGAGCGCCGAGCCCAGCGGGACCCACAGAGCGGACGGGGACAGUGGCGGCCGCCCCACGCCAACCGCUCAACACGCGACCCGAGCACCCUCAGGAGAAGGAGCCCCGGGGUGUGCGGAGCCACCUCAGCUGGGGCUCCGAACCGCGGGACCAUUGCCGCUCCCCUCGCCUCGGGGAAGGCGGAGCCGCAUCGAGCACCGCUGCCCCCUUCCGCCGUCGCCGGCAGGGGAAGCGGCGGCCGCCCGAGUCUCGCGAGAACCGGCGCUGCCGCCGCCAUGGAGCCGCCGGUGCGCGGCCCGCCGGGGCUGUCGGCCGUGCUGGCGAGCACGGACUGGUCCGAGCCCUGGCUGCUGGGGCUGGCCGCCUUCCACCUGCUCUGCUUUCUGCUCACCUGCGCGUCCCUGCAGCACCGCCGGGUGCAGGUCGGCCAUUUCCUCUGCAUGGUGGGCUUAGUGUACUGUGCUGAAUAUAUCAAUGAAUUAGCAGCCAUGAAUUGGAGGCUCUUUUCUAAAUACCAAUACUUUGAUUCAAGAGGAAUGUUCAUUUCACUUGUAUUUUCAGCACCACUGCUGGUGAAUACUAUUAUAAUUGUGGUCUCCUGGGUUUACAGAACUUUGAAUGUAAUGACUGAACUAAAGAUGCUACAGCAGAGAAGGAAAGUAGAAAAAGAGAAAAAGAAGUGAAAGUGCCAAACUUUUUCUUUCUUCGGUUGCAAUAAUGCCCGUCUGGAUAAUCAGUCCUUCUGUAAGGGUAUGCAGGAACAGAAAUAUUUUUGUGUCUGGUGUCAAAGGGACUUUGUGAUUGUGGCUGUGGGCAUUGAGGUGAAAGCAGGUAUCUACAGUACAUUUGAAUUGGCUGUGAAAUUAUGAAAUCAGUCUUAACAAGUCCUUGUGCCCUUCAGUGUACGAUUGUUUUCCUCCAUGACCAAGGCUGUUAGUAUUGAUGAGACACAAUCUUCCAGUUUCCAUUUGCCUAUUUUUUUACUAUGUCUUUAUUCUGUGCUUAUCAAGUGUCAGUUAUUCUGCUGCUUAAGCCAAUUGGAGCUGUGUUGUGAAUUACAGUAAAUGAGAGAUUUUAUUCAGAAUAACUCAGGAAUCCAUGCUUCUGUGAAGCACUUCACUUCUUUAUAAAUCAAGUUUCAUACUUCCUGUGUGUACUGUGUGCCAGUGGCAUUUUAUAAAUAAAACUAUCCACUUACUGUAUCUUAAAUUGAGUUGAUUUGUAUUCAUUUUUAAUCAGACUUUUUCCUUCUUUUUGUCUUGUUAAAAUUCCCAGUUUGGCAAAUUUUCCAAGUUUAAUUUGUGUAAAUAAUUAAAAAUUAUCUCUGCAUUUCUUUCUAUUUAUACUUCAUGUUUUUAAGGCUUCUAGAUAAAUACAUUUUUUAAAACUGAAUGAAAAUUUGAUUGUUUUAUGCUUCUUUAUAGAACAGGAAGACAGGGAAGAAACGUAGUAAUGUUAUGCGCAAUUUGUUCCCUUUUUAAUGCUUUUUAAAAAUUAAUAACUGAAAAUUACAAAUAGGUAAAAAUUAAGAAGACUUUAGUUUUGCUUCAAGUAGCCUGUUUUUAUUAUUCAAUACUAAUAAUUGAAUUAGGUUGAUGAAUAAGGUUGAAUUGAAUAAUGUUAAUUGAAUAAUUAAGGUUGAAUUGAAUAAGGUUAAUUGGAGAAGGGGUGUGGACACAGUGGAGAUUGUCCAUAUUUAGUAAAAGUUGUAUCUUUGUGUGGAGAUGUCCAAAUAUUUUCUGUCCAAAAUAGCUGUCAUUUAAGACAUGAAAGGUGAUCUACAAAACUGAUCUUAUACUAAUGUGAAAAACAUUUGGGUACAGAAUUGCAGAACACUAGUAAGUUUAUAAGCCAAGGAAGUAUUUAUGGAACUGAUUUUAAUUACUUGAAUUAAAGUAAUUUACAAGAGUGGAGAUGGGGACUUGACGAAGAGAGCAGGUGCAUGUUAUGCACAGUUUGCAAGUCUAAAUAGGGACAAAGUGAACCUCUGCUGAAAGGGCAGUGAAGUGUUAGUGUUGGAUCCAUUUCUUUACAUUUCCCAUACCUCUUUGGCAUUCCUUUACCCACUCUGCUCCAUCCAGCCACAGCUGCUGGCAGCUAGGCUAUUUUAUAAUAGCAAACUUAAUAGAUGCAGGUUUGUGGUCAUGAGUUCUGACCGUUCUCCUGCGACUCUUGAUGCAGUUUUGGGUGGUGUCAACUGUAUGGAGAAAUCUCGAGUGCUCUGGUAGAUAUUGUGUGCUUUUUGGGAAGGAGUGAAAGGAGUCUGUCCAAAUGCCUGCCAGGUGGGCUGUGGCAGCUGUCACCAGGACCAAGGAACCAGGACCUUUUUGAUUUCAUAUACACAGGAUGUUGUCCUGCCAGGCUGGUUUAUAAAAAUUCAGCCUUGCUCCUGCAGUUUGCUGGGGAGACGUGCAGUUUUCACACAUGGCCUUAAUGAUGACCACUCAAAUGAUGUGCUCCUGACUUUCCCGGUGAUAACUGUUCUGCAACAAAUCAGUGCACAAUUGUUUUAGUAUCACACACUUGAAGCUGUAAUACUUCAUAUGCAGAUAACACCUGUUAUCAAGUAACCUUCAUUUCACAGUGUGAAGUGGAUGAAUUUGAUUCACAGUAAGUGAGGAGGUUCAGAGCAGCUGAGCAACAAGUCUUGCAGUGGAAAAAAACACUGUGCCUUAUUUAGUACAUCCAAGGCUAAUUUUCUCUAAAUAGUUUGCUAUUUUGCCUAUCUUUUGUGUAAUGUUGGUAAAAAGAUGGAUAAUACUUGGUUUCAAAAGCAUGAUGGCAUUUUUUUUGUGUUCUAGAAGUAUUGCUUUAUGAAAGCAUAAACAACUCCAAAUUC